CAUAAAACUACCCUUCAACAGCACGCAGCGGGGCUAGCCCCAUCCACAGUCAUGCCAAUCUCCAACCUCCCCUCCGCGAACCUAAAAAUUGCAAUCAUAGGCGCCGGUCCCGCCGGCCUCGGCGCCCUGAUCACCCUCUCUAUCCUCCCCUUCGUAACAGCAACCAUCUACGAAAAGAAAGACGAGGUAUCAGAAAUCGGUGCCGGAAUCAGCAUACAGCCGAACACAUGGCGAAUGCUAGAGCACAUGGGUGCCGCAGAAGUCCUACAAAAUUCCCCGUUCCAUCGGGCAGCGGAUGGGCAUUCCACACAGCAUCGAAAUGGAAGAACCGGAAAGUUGAUAAGCGCCCAAUUCGACUCCGCGGGCACGCCUCUUGCACACCACCACGCACGCUGCCAUCGCGGCGUCCUCCAGUCCGCCUUGCGCUCGCGCGUCGACCCCGAGCGCGUCAAAACGGCGCAUAGACUCACGCAGAUCACGCACCUCCCAAGCCACCGCAUCCACCUCGCCUUCGCCAACGGCGUCACAGAUGAGGUAGACCUCCUCAUCGGCGCAGACGGCAUCCGCUCCGUCGUUCGCGAAGUCGCCUUUCCGGAGCAUCGCAUCGCGUACACGGGCCGGACUUCCUACCGCACCCUUGUUCGUGCGCAAGAUGUGGCGGUAGUCAAAGGAAUGGGAAACGAGAAAGAGGCAGUGGCAUUCUGGCAUGCGCCGGGGGGGAGGUGGGCGUAUACGUGUAAUCUCAGCGGCGGCGUGUUUGAGAUUACGACGAUGGUGAGGGAAGAGGCGGAGGGGGUGGAGAGGGUGAGUUGGGGACAGGACGUAGCGGCUGAGAAGAUGCUCGAGCAUUUUGCGGACUUCCACAAACCGGUAAGGGAGGUGUUGAAGCUUGCGGAGAAGGUGCAGCAGUAUGCCCUCUUCGCUGGCCCUCGAUUACCCAAAGUACAUUCCGGGGCCAUCGCGCUGAUAGGCGAUGCAUCACACCCCCUCUCGGGCGCUUUCGGAAACGGUGCCGGGUUCGCUCUUGAGGAUGCUUACGUCGUUUCACAAUCUCUCUUAUGGGCGCACGAGCGAAACAAAGCGAUACCAGAGGCUCUGCAGCUCUUUGAUAGAGUUAGGUCGCCGCAUUAUGAGAGGCUUUAUGCUAUUUUGGAUGGGUAUGGUACGAAAGCGAAACAACUUGAGAAUCCAAAUUUACAUUUGAGCUUCGAUGAAGAGGUGGCGGUUUUAGUGACGAGCAACUGGUCGGGGGUGAACAAUUGGAUGCACUAUUAUAAUGUAAGUUUGAUAUGA